CGUAUCGUGAUGGAGUGGGCGGAAGGCGGCGACUUGGGCUCCCUGCUGCAGACGCUUUCUGCUCGACGCGGCCCCUGCAUGGACCCCUCCCGUGAGCGGCUGCUGAUGAGUGAGGCCAGCGCGCGGUUCUACGUGGCGUGCCUGCUGGAGGCGCUCACCUUCCUGCACACCCGCGGACUGCUGCACAGGGAUGUCAAGCCGGCUAACCUCCUGAUCUCCUCGGACGGUCGCGCCAAGCUGGGGGACCUGGGCAUGGUGUGCCACCUGGACAAGGAGGGAUGCGCAGCGGGCAGGGCCGGCACACCCAACUACAUGGCACCCGAGGUGUGGGCGUACGGCAGUGGCCCCAAGUACCAGAGCUACGGCGUCACGGUGGACCUCUGGAGCGUCGGAGUCGUGCUGCAUGAGCUGCUCACGGGGCACUUGCCGGGGGCCCACCCCGACGAGUACCUCCGCCCCUCCUGGCGCUUCACUCCUCGGCACCCCGCCUUCAGCCCCGAACUGCGCGACCUCCUCUCCCGGCUGCUGUCGGUCAAGCCGCGCCGCAGACCGCAGUCAUGCGCCCAAGUCGCUGCUCACCCCUGGUUUGCCGGCUUCAACUGGCAGGCACUGCGGGACGGCACCCUGCCUGCACCCUACGUGCCUGCCGCCCAUCGGCCGCCUAGCUCUGGAUCCGGCAACCUGCCACGGCCGCGUUCGUACUACUCGUCGGCCUCAACGGCUGCUGCAAGCAUGCGGCGAGCGGUGGGCUGCAGCAGCAGCGGUUUGGGCGGCGGUGCGGAGCUGUUGAUGCCGCCGCUGUUGGAGGAGUGCGGCGGCGGCCCUGGAAAGAUGACUUCUGGUGCAGAUACCGAAGCGAAGAGUAACGCCGUGCCUGUCAUGGGAGGCUCCUCUUCACGGCGGGUGAUGAGGUCGCUAACGCAGGGCAGCGGCACUCGGCUCGUCGAUAGCGGUGGCAUGGCUGAUGGGGCAGCAGCACGGGGGCCCGUGCGGUCGUCUGUCCAAGCUGCUACAGCAGCAGCAGUGCUGACGUCAGCCUCCCAAGGUUCGGAUCUCUGGUCUCGACCCUCUUGCCCCGCGUCGCCACAGGCCAUGCGCCUGAGCUCUGCCGCAGCUGGAGGUCCGCCCUCUCAUGUUGCGGAUAGCUCUCCUGCAAACUCCUUUGUGCUGACCCGCUCUGCCUCCACUUGGUCGUCGGUUGCGGCUGCGGCUGCAAGGGGAACGUCCGCCGCAGCGGCGGAGCAUGGUGCUGCUGCCGUACGUCCCCAGCGCGGCAGCUUUGAUGUCCCCGUCGCCGUUGGUCGCCUUGUUGGAGGCGGUGAACAUCACCACAGCAACGGCGUCGGUAUGAGGGUCGCCGGUCGUUAUGGUAGCAACAACAGCAGCAAUUGCUCUGCAAUCAAUGAGGGCGGGUUGGGCCUCUUAGCGGCUGCUGCUGCCAUGGUUUCGGGGCAUGCUUCACCUGCAGCCCCUUCUUCGUGGCACGGAGAAGCAAACCUCUGCUCGUCCCCGGCUUGGUCGCUUGGAAGCGCUACCGUAUGCAGGUUCCUGGGGCAUUCUGCCCCGACCUCCGCCGCGGAGUCCACUGCAGCCACUCCUGCUACGGUUCCUACUACCUCCAUCGCAGCCACCCGUGGCCUAACCACCCACAGCAACCUAACCGCUUCCAACCGGUCCGGUGACUACCCGAGCAAUGGCGCCGCUGGUGCCUGUCCCUGCCCAGCUUGCAGCAGAGGCGAAGCAGCCGCUUCUGGGCUCCCUUGCAUGUGCCGCCACAGCGGGCAGGGGCUGCGGCGGGGCAGCCUGGAGGCGUCUACAGAGUCCAACACCGCUGCUGCUGCGGCCGCCGGAGCCGCGCCGUGGC